GUGCCUCAGAGGACUGUCGGAACACAUACACACACUUUUAAAUCACUUCAGUUCUCAUCCACCGCAUCAUUAAUUACUUACAGCAUUCAUGUUUGCACGUUGGAAUUUUCCAUAACAUAGGCCACAGAUUGAUGUAUUUUUGAGAAACAUCUUCUACGAAGAACAAACUCAAGCAGAGGAACAUCUGGAAGCAGUCAGUGAAGUCUGCAGAGGAGGAGUGGGAGAGAAGGAGGGAACUGGUCUCUCACUCCCCAGACAAGCAUCACUGCACGUUUUGCCAGAAGGGCCAUGGGCGACUGCGGUCGUGUCUUCCUCUUCCUCUUCCUCUUCCUCGGAACAGAGCAAGGACGAAUCUCAGAGACCUGAUUUUCAUUGCGGCGCGCGCGCACAGUGUCUCCGUCUGAUUUGGGAUCAGUACCGAUGGGAAUGGAUCUCAGCAGCUCUGUUCUGUUAACCCGAUAAACGCGAAUCUUCGGCCUGGAAUGCAUCACAUUUUUUCACUCCACUUUGACGGUCGCUCGUUUUUAUGCUGCGUCCAGUUUUAAAGACAUUCGAGGGAAACAGAAGGAUAUUACGAUUAUUAUUGGCGCAAGUGGAGCUCGUGCCGUGUUUGUUCUCAGCAGGGCCCGGAUGUUGUAAGGAUGCACGGGUUCGUUUUCUUCCCGCUUUUUUAACUCCAUGAUGGGGAUCAGGUAAUAUUCCCUCAGCCCUCAGCAGGGCAGCGCGAGCGGCUGCGUCCUUCCUUCUUCUGAUUUUCAUUUUCUGUGCGGGUUCGGGGAUGUUUUCCUUCCGCCCCGCUUUUUAUUUCGCUCCUUUCAUCUUAUUGAUACACGAGCUGAGCUGCGUCUAUGAUCACUGGGAAUGAAACAUGUUUCUCCCAGAGGAAACCCUGGAAAACCAUCAAGGUUCUAACUACACCAGCCCAUCUCUGGUUAUGGUGUCCAAUGUAAGUGAGCAGGAGCACAGUGUUAGUGUUAGCAAAGGUGGCAUGGUAGGUCUGGCACCAGAACACAUCCCAACGCCUAAUGCCGCCCUCAGCUGGCAGGCAGCUAUCGAUGCAGCACGUCAGGCCAAGCUGAUCCGGAGUGCAGCAGCACCCAUCUCCACAGCAAGUUCUACACAGCAACAGCGUCAGCACUACUGCAAACCCAAGAAACCGACGAGCACAGUGGCCACACGGCCCCCACACUCCCUCCUCUGCCUUACCCUCAAAAACCCCCUCAGACGAGCCUGCAUCAACAUUGUGGAGUGGAAACCAUUUGAAAUCAUCAUUUUAAUGACUAUAUUUGCUAAUUGUGUUGCCUUAGCGGUCUACAUCCCCUUCCCUGAGGAUGACUCCAAUGCCACCAACUCCAAUCUGGAGCAAGUGGAAUAUCUCUUCCUUAUCAUUUUCACAGUGGAAGCAUUUCUGAAGGUCAUUGCAUAUGGGCUGCUCUGUCACCCCAAUGCUUAUUUAAGAAACGGCUGGAAUCUGCUGGAUUUCAUAAUUGUGGUUGUAGGGUUGUUCAGUGCUAUAUUAGAACAGGCCACUAAGGGAGAUGGAGGGACACCUAUCGGAGGGAAGGCAGCAGGAUUUGAUGUAAAGGCCCUGCGUGCUUUCAGAGUACUGAGACCCUUACGAUUAGUGUCUGGUGUUCCUAGUUUACAAGUCGUGUUGAACUCCAUCAUUAAGGCCAUGGUUCCUCUGCUGCACAUCGCUCUGCUCGUGCUCUUCGUGAUCAUCAUCUACGCCAUCAUUGGCCUGGAGCUGUUCAUGGGGAAGAUGCACCGUGCAUGCUUUUUCUUCAGAAAUGGUCACAAAGGGCCUAUAGCUGAGGAGAAACCUGCACCCUGUGCCCCAAACAAUGCCCAUGGGCGCCACUGCACACCACCCAACAUCACCCAGUGCAUGAUGGGAUGGGAGGGACCAAAUGAUGGCAUUACAAACUUUGAUAACUUUGCAUUUGCCAUGCUGACAGUGUUUCAGUGCAUCACCAUGGAGGGCUGGACCGACGUCCUCUACUGGAUGCAGGAUGCUAUGGGCUAUGAGCUUCCCUGGGUCUAUUUUGUCAGUCUCGUCAUCUUUGGAUCCUUUUUCGUUCUAAAUCUGGUUCUUGGGGUGUUGAGUGGAGAGUUCUCUAAGGAACGUGAAAAGGCGAAGGCACGAGGAGAUUUCCAGAAGUUACGAGAAAAGCAACAGCUGGAAGAGGAUCUAAAGGGCUACCUGGAUUGGAUCACUCAGGCUGAGGACAUCGACCCAGAGAACGACGAAGGACUGGAUGAUGCCAAACCACGAAACUUGAGCAUUCCAGCGAGUGAGAACGAGUCCGUGAACACCGAAAUCCCUCCUGCUGGAGAUUUAGAGGGAGAACCGUGCUGUACCCAGCUGGUAAAUAGGAUCUCCAAAUCCAAGUUCAGUCGAUAUUCUCGUCGCUGGAAUCGUCUGUGUCGGCGUAAAUGUCGAGCUGCUGUGAAGUCCAAUGUGUUUUAUUGGCUGGUGAUUUUUUUUGUGUUCCUGAACACUCUAACCAUCGCCUCGGAACACCACAAGCAGCCGCAGUGGCUGACUGAUGUACAAGAUAUCGCCAACAAAGUUCUCCUGGCUCUCUUCACUGGAGAAAUGCUUCUGAAGAUGUACAGUUUGGGACUGCAGGCGUAUUUCGUCUCACUUUUUAAUCGUUUUGAUGGUUUUGUGGUGUGUGGUGGAAUACUGGAGACCAUCCUGGUGGAGACGAAGAUCAUGUCCCCUCUGGGCAUCUCCGUGCUGCGUUGUGUCCGUCUGCUGCGCAUCUUCAAAAUCACCAGGUACUGGAACUCCCUCAGCAACCUGGUAGCGUCUCUGCUGAACUCCGUGCGCUCCAUCGCCUCCCUGCUGCUCCUCCUCUUCCUCUUCAUCAUUAUUUUUAGUUUGCUUGGAAUGCAACUGUUCGGUGGGAAGUUCAACUUCGAUGACACGCGUCGCAGCACCUUUGACAACUUCCCCCAGUCAUUACUCACAGUCUUCCAGAUUUUGACUGGAGAGGACUGGAACUCAGUAAUGUAUGAUGGGAUUAUGGCGUACGGUGGACCUUCGUUUCCUGGCAUGCUUGUGUGCAUCUACUUCAUCAUUCUCUUUAUUUGUGGAAACUACAUCCUCUUGAACGUCUUCCUGGCCAUCGCUGUAGAUAAUCUUGCAGAUGCAGAGAGUCUGACCUCAGCUCAGAAAGAGGAAGAAGAAGAGAAGGAGAGGCGGAAGCAGGCCAGGUUGGCCAGUCCUGACAAGUGGCAAGGAAACGAGAAACCUCCAGCUGAGAAAAAAGAGGAGAAGAUUGAACUGAAAUCCAUUACCUCAAAUGAAGAAACUACAAAUACCACCAAGAUUAAUAUUGAUGAAAAAGAAGAGAAUCCAUAUCCAGCGAACGACUUCCCAGGUGAGGAUGAUGAGGAGGAGCCAGACAUGCCAGUGGGUCCGAGGCCAAGACCUCUUUCAGACAUCCAUCUGAAGGAGAAAGCUGUUCCUAUGCCUGAAGCUCGAGCCUUCUUCAUCUUCAGUCAUACAAACAAGUUUCGAGUUUUUUGCCAUAAGAUUGUCAACCAUAACAUCUUCACCAAUCUGAUCCUCUUCUUCAUCCUGCUUAGUAGUAUUUCUCUGGCUGCAGAAGAUCCAGUGAAAAGUGACUCAUUCAGGAAUCAGAUUCUGGGUUAUGCGGAUCAUGUUUUUACGGGUCUCUUCACCAUAGAGAUCAUAUUAAAGAUGACUGCGUACGGAGCGUUCCUUCAUAGAGGUUCCUUCUGUCGUAACUACUUCAACAUUCUGGAUCUGGUGGUGGUCAGUGUCUCUCUCAUCUCCUCUGGGAUUCAGUCCAGUGCCAUCAAUGUGGUAAAGAUUUUGAGAGUUCUUCGAGUCCUCAGACCCCUGAGAGCCAUUAACAGAGCCAAGGGUCUAAAGCAUGUAGUCCAGUGUGUAUUCGUAGCGAUCCGCACCAUCGGGAACAUUGUUAUUGUCACCACUCUGCUGCAGUUUAUGUUUGCGUGCAUUGGAGUGCAACUCUUUAAGGGCAAGUUCUACACUUGCACAGACUCUUCUAAACAAAGCGAGACAGAGUGCAGAGGGACUUAUAUUCUGUACAAAGACAAUAAUGUUGGAAAGCCAGAACGAUCUCGUCGUGCUUGGGACAACAGUGACUUCAAUUUUGAUAAUGUUCUGCAAGGCAUGAUGGCCUUGUUUGCUGUGUCCACUUUUGAAGGAUGGCCUAGCCUUCUGUACAAAGCGAUAGACUCCCAUGCUGAAGAUGCCGGUCCCAUCUACAACUACCGUGUGGUCAUCUCUGUCUUCUUUAUCAUCUAUAUCAUCAUCAUCGCCUUCUUCAUGAUGAACAUCUUUGUCGGUUUUGUCAUUGUUACAUUCCAGGAGCAAGGAGAGCAGGAGUACAAGAACUGUGAGCUGGACAAGAACCAGCGGCAGUGUGUGGAGUAUGCUCUAAAAGCACGGCCUCUACGCAGGUACAUUCCAAAGAAUCCAUACCAGUAUAAGGUGUGGUAUGUAGUCAACUCCACCUACUUUGAGUAUUUGAUGUUCACUCUAAUCCUCCUGAACACCAUCUGCUUGGCGAUGCAGCACCAUGGACAGUCACCAUCCUUCAACAAAGCCAUGAACAUCCUCAACAUGCUCUUCACUGGUCUGUUCACUGUGGAGAUGAUCCUCAAACUUAUUGCCUUCAAACCCAGGGGAUAUUUUAGUGAUCCUUGGAAUGUCUUUGACUUCCUCAUCGUAAUUGGCAGCAUUAUAGACGUCAUUCUGAGUGAAAUAAACCCAGCUGAUCCUUCUUCCUCUACUCCUUCCUCUGUGGUAAGACCGAUGGGGCUCCAGAAUACAGAAGAUAAUGCCAGGAUUUCCAUUACCUUCUUCCGACUGUUUCGAGUGAUGAGACUGGUGAAGCUGCUUUCACGUGGAGAAGGAAUUCGCACCCUGCUGUGGACCUUCAUCAAAUCUUUCCAGGCACUUCCUUAUGUAGCAUUGCUGAUAGUGAUGCUUUUCUUCAUCUAUGCUGUGAUUGGAAUGCAGAUGUUUGGUAAGAUCGCACUGAGGGACAACACCCAGAUCAAUCGAAACAACAAUUUUCAAACGUUCCCUCAAGCUGUUCUGCUGCUUUUCAGAUGUGCAACAGGUGAGGCGUGGCAGGAGAUAAUGCUGGCCUGUUAUACUAAUCGUCCGUGCGAAAAGGGAUCUGAGGAGGCUCCUCACAGUGAGGAGUGUGGUAGUCCUUUUGCCAUCAUUUACUUUGUCAGUUUCUACAUGCUCUGUGCCUUCCUGAUUAUCAACCUGUUUGUGGCUGUUAUUAUGGACAAUUUUGACUAUCUGACACGAGAUUGGUCCAUACUCGGACCACAUCAUCUUGAUGAGUUUAAGAGGAUCUGGGCAGAAUAUGACCCCGAAGCAAAGGGGCGAAUUAAACAUCUGGAUGUGGUGACAUUAUUGAGAAGGAUUCAGCCACCCCUGGGCUUUGGCAAACUCUGUCCCCACAGAGUGGCCUGCAAGCGCCUGGUGUCUAUGAACAUGCCCCUGAACAGUGAUGGUACAGUGAUGUUUAACGCCACCCUGUUUGCCCUGGUGCGCACAGCACUUCGCAUUAAAACUGAAGGGAAUCUGGAGCAGGCAAAUGAAGAACUGAGGGCAAUUGUGAAGAAGAUCUGGAAGAGGACCAGCAUGAAGUUGUUGGACCAGGUUGUUCCUCCAGCAGGAGAUGAUGAGGUGACAGUCGGGAAAUUCUAUGCCACAUUCCUCAUCCAGGAAUACUUCAGGAAGUUCAAGAAGCGGAAAGAGCAGGGAUUAGUGGCUAAAGUGCCUCCGAAAACAGCACUUUCACUGCAGGCUGGUCUUCGUACGCUGCAUGAAAUGGGUCCGGAAAUUCGGAGGGCAAUUUCAGGAGACCUCACUGCAGAGGAGGAACUGGAGAAGGCCAUGAAGGAAACAGUGUGUGCUGCAUCUGAAGAUGAUCUCUUCAGGGUGAAGCGGUCAGACGGCUUCUUCAGAAACCACAUGAACUAUUAUCAUCAGAGUGAUGACUGCACUGAUUUCCCUCCGUCCUUCACCACUCAGAGGCCACUGCACAUCAGCAAGUCCGGCAGCCCUGGAGAGGGAAAGUCACCAUCUCGUGAGAAACUGGUAGACUCCACCUUUACACCAAGCAGCUAUUCCUCCUCAGGUUCCAAUGCCAACAUCAACAAUGCCAACAACACCUCCAUCAGCCACUGCUACCCGUCCAUUAGCACUGUAGAUGGUCACACCAGAUCCCUGCUCAUACCUGUUCUACUCCCCUGCUCCUCAUGGUCCUUCCCUAAUAAAAGCUCAGACUCGGGUGAAUGUUAUUUCCCAGUAAUCUCUCGGGGAGAGGCAGCUAAAGAUCAAAUGCAUGACCAGAUGCUUACAGAGACCGAAUGCCAACAUGAGCAGGACAUGCUGUCCCCCAAAAUGUUGGUGCUGCAGAAUGACGAGUGUAAGCAGUUAGCUGUGAUGGAACAGACAGAUGGGGGUGAGGACAGAAGACCAUGGACGUUUCCCCAACAAACUGUUCUUUCUCCAACUGCACUAAGUCAACGAUCUUCCAUUCAUCUAGAGUGUCUGAGCAGACAGAGCAGAAAUGAAACAUCACAUAAGACAGCGUUGCCUCUACACUUAGUCCAGCAUCAGGUGUUGAUGUCAGAACAGUUGGACCACUACUCACAGGACUCCUCAUUUGUCAAUGUGGCCGAGCAGGAGCUGGCUGCUACACAUGACAUGACCAUGGAGGUGAUGGAAAAUGUGUCAGAAAGCAUAGUCAAUGGGCCUCGCAGCCCGAACAGCAACCUCCUGCCCUAUAUGCACUGCAGCAACGGAGUGGGAACCAACCAGGAACAAAAAAGAGCCUGGGAACGAAAGGUUCCUGAGGGAGAACCACAGGUUUCUGAACAUGGUCACCUGAACAGUAAGCUACUGAUUGAUGAGGACAUGGAGGGUGUGACAAGCUUGUAGUAAUAACUUCAGCACAGAAGACCUUUGUUUCACCGGACUGUCAUCAUGUUGAGAGUUCCCCUGCUCUGUUGGAGAACACUAGAGCAUCUCUUAAGCCAGAAAUGUAUCUUUAAACCCAUAGUUAUAAUAGGAGUAUAAUGCAAUUUGACUUAGCUUAAAAGAAAGCUUUUUUUUUUCUUUCUUCUUUUCUUCUUUUCUUUCUUUCUUUCUUUCUUUCUUUCUUUCUUUCUUUCUGUGUGAAUGGCUGUGAGAAAAUGUGUCUUGUAUGUGAAUGCGUGAGUGAAAAGGAAAAAUGUGACUAUAUAAAAGUGCCUCACAGUUCUUAGAACCUUGACUGAGUAAUGAUGCAAAGACAAAAAAAGAAAAAAAAAAAGACUUCAAAAACAGGAAAAGCAGAACUCUGCUCAUCAUACAUCUUUUCCACUCCUUCAUUAGGGAACGAUCAGCUGUGAAGGCUGUUUGCAAAGGUUCAGUGGAGGGUAACAUUUAGAAUAAUGUGCCUCCAGCUUGUAUACAAAAUGGGGCCAGAU